UGAAGCACAGAGCUUGCUGUUUGCAUGUGUGCACCCCCCCCUUGGACUUGGUGGGAGGGGAGAGAAGUUUACCCAAAGAGCAGCUUGGAUCAUUGAGAGAGACGAUGCCUUUUUCCUCUACUCCGGUCUCACGAGCUUCUCAGCGGAUUUGCUGAUUCCCACAAUUAAUCUGCAAGUUAUUCAUCAGGAGUGGGGAGAGAUUUCGAGCCAGAGGAUGCUCCCACAGGUCAUUCGGAUACUGUAUGUCUUGUCUUUCUGCUUUUUCCAAGGAGGCUUUAUCAGACUGAGCUCCUGUAAGGAGGAGAUAAAGCCCCCCAGCAGACAAGAGCUCUCACCUUCUGACUUCCUGGACAAACUCAUGGGGAAAACAUCAGGAUAUGAUGCACGGAUCAGACCCAACUUCAAAGGUCCACCUGUGAAUGUCACCUGUAAUAUUUUUAUUAACAGCUUUGGUUCAAUCACAGAAACUACCAUGGACUACAGGCUCAACGUAUUUCUACGGCAAAAAUGGAAUGACCCUCGUCUGGCAUACAGUGAAUAUCCCGAUGACUCACUUGAUCUGGAUCCGUCCAUGUUGGACUCUAUCUGGAAACCUGAUUUAUUCUUCGCAAACGAGAAAGGAGCCAAUUUCCACGAGGUCACUACUGAUAACAAGCUGCUACGGAUUUUCCAAGAUGGCAGCGUACUUUACAGUAUCAGGCUGACUCUUACCCUGUCCUGCCCUAUGGACUUGAAGAAUUUCCCAAUGGACAUUCAGACCUGUACCAUGCAGCUUGAAAGCUUUGGUUACACCAUGAAUGACUUGAUCUUUGAGUGGCUGUCUGAGAACCCCGUUCAGGUGGCUGAUGAUCUUACCCUGCCUCAGUUUGUGCUAAAAGAAGAGAAGGAUUUGGGCUACUGCACAAAGCACUACAACACAGGUCAAUUCACCUGCAUUGAGGUGAAGUUCCACCUGGAACGUCAGAUGGGUUACUACUUAAUCCAGAUGUACAUCCCUUCCCUUCUCAUCGUUAUCCUCUCAUGGGUAUCCUUCUGGAUAAACAUGGAUGCUGCACCAGCCAGAGUUGGUCUGGGCAUCACCACAGUACUUACAAUGACCACACAGAGCUCUGGUUCAAGAGCCUCUUUGCCCAAGGUGUCUUAUGUGAAGGCUAUUGACAUCUGGAUGGCAGUGUGUCUUCUGUUUGUGUUUGCUGCCCUGUUGGAGUAUGCAGCAGUUAACUUUGUCUCAAGGCAACACAAGGAGUUCAUCAGGCUGAGGAAAAAGCAGCGGCAGCAGAGAAUAGUGUCUGCUAGUCAGCCUGGGAGUGUUGAGUCGCUGCGAAAAGCCAGUGACAUCCCCGGUAACAACUCAACCUACAGGAGUCUGAAUCAGCACUGCAGCGCCUGUGCCAGGGAGGAGGAACUGGUGAGGGAGAGUCGCGGUUUUUACUUCCGGGGUUAUGGAUUGGGUCACUGCCUGCAGACCAAGGAUGGUACUGCUGUGGAAGGAGCCAGCGUGUUCACCCCCCCACCUCCAAUUACCAUGUUUGAUGGAGAAGUACUCCACAAGCGUUUCGUGGACCGAGCCAAACGCAUUGACACCAUAUCCAGAGCUGUUUUUCCCUUGAGCUUUCUCAUAUUUAACAUCUUCUACUGGGUCACCUAUAAAGUGCUGCGACACGAGGACAUUCAUGCAAAUUUGUAAAACGCUCUCUGCCAAUCCGGGAUGUUGUAUUUUUGGGGUUUUUUGUUUGUUUUUCUCAAAACCAAAACUGCCUGUCAAUCUACAUUACAAUGAGGAACCGUGUCAAAAGGCACAUCUGCUUCUCAGAACAGCUAAAAAUAAAAACGUUGUGCUCAGGUGCGUCUUCAGGAUCUCAAAGAGCGAUUAAGUGGAAAGACUAGAUUAAGCUGCUUGGAUUCAGGCUGUUGUUUGCAUUUGCCCUCUUGUAUCUGUUUUGGAUUGAUUCACUUGGAUUACAGCAGAGACAAAACACUGGUGUACUUUUGGGUUCGUGACCUUUGCUUCAAGUGAUGGAUAAAAGAGAAGUUGAUCCUGGCUGAAUGAGACAUACUGACUUGAAUUUUGACACUACCCAGCUUUGAAUGAAUGUUUUUGAAAAUUAAUUUUUUUUAACAACUUUAUCAAAUGGGUGCAAAUGGAAAGAGGGGGCAAUGGGUCUUUGAUAUCUAUGAAUAUUCAGUAAGUGAUGAUCAUUCAGUUUAAGUAUGUGUAACGAGAUUAUAUAUGAGUGUAUAAAAGUGUAUAUAAACAAAGCUGUUCAUUAUAAUGC